AUGCGUUUCUCCGUCAUCCUCACCGGCACCUUCGCUGCCGUUGCCAUGGGCCAGUCCUCUGGUGCUUCCAGCAGCGGUACUCCCACCACUGCUUCUGCCCCAACCCCCGUGGGCAUGACUCCCCAGCAGUCAUCUGCCCUUGCUUGCCUGGAGAAGUGCAGCGCCUCGGAUGUCAACUGCAGGGCUGCCUGCAACGGCGUUCCUUUCCCCAACGACGGACAGGUCAACUCCACCACACAGUGCGUGGCUGACUGCUCCAAGCAGUACGGCAACGGUACCGAGGCCGACAACGCCAGGUUCAUCAAGUGCUCGGGUGACUGCAUUGGCAAGAACUACUGGAGCCCCAGCAGCGGUACCCCCAACCCUACCGGCAGCUCGGGCAGCAGCAGCAACAACAACGGCGGUAGCUCAACCUCGGCCAGCAAGACCAACGGUGGAUCCACCCCCACCGGCACCGGUUCGAGCUCGUCUGCCACGGGCUCUAGCGCUGCCGACGCCCUCCGCAUCGGCUCUUCCAUUGCUGGUGUUGUCGGCUUCAUGGCUGCUCUCCUGGCCAUGUAA